ACCCAAACAAGAAGAAGAGGGAUGUUUGCCGGUGUUGGUAUUGGUAUUUCCGACAGCACCUGACGUACACAGCAGCCGGACUCGUUCCUCAGCCGCUGACCAUCCUCCGGACCUCCACCACCACCGCCUCCACCUCUCCUCCUCACCGGGUAUCAGCCGCCAUCAGCCGGCCAUGGCGUCCAGGGGCUUCUUCGUGGGAGGAAACUGGAAGAUGAACGGGAACAAGGAGAGUCUGGGAGAGCUGAUCACCACCCUGAACACCGCCAGCCUGCACGACCAGACCGAGGUGGUGUGUGCUGCUCCCUCCAUCUACCUGGACUUCGCUCGGUCCAGUCUCGACCCCAAGAUUGGUGUCGCAGCCCAGAACUGUUACAAAGUGGCCAAGGGAGCGUUUACAGGGGAGAUCAGCCCGGCUAUGAUAAAGGACUGUGGAGCAGACUGGGUGGUGCUGGGACACUCUGAGCGCCGCCAUGUGUUCGGGGAAAGUGAUGAGCUGAUUGGCCAGAAGGUGGCUCACGCUCUGGAGAGCGGUCUGGGUGUGAUCGCCUGCAUCGGGGAGAAGCUGGAGGAGCGGGAGGCAGGCACCACAGAAGAAGUCGUGUACGCUCAGACGAAGGUCAUUGCAGACAAUGUGAAGGACUGGGGGAAAGUGGUGCUGGCGUAUGAACCUGUGUGGGCCAUCGGCACAGGAAAGACCGCCACACCUGAUCAGGCUCAGGAGGUCCAUGAGAAGCUGAGGUCGUGGCUGAGAGCCAACGUCUCAGACGACGUGGCCGACUCUGUGCGCAUCAUCUAUGGAGGUUCAGUAACGGGAGCUAACUGCAGAGAGCUGGCGUCUCAGGCCGACGUGGACGGAUUCCUGGUCGGCGGAGCUUCUCUGAAACCAGAGUUUGUCGACAUCAUCAACGCACGUGCGUAACAGACGCAGCUCCGACAGGACCAAUCAGAAACACCCUUUAGAUCAUUAUGUGUCACCAUGUGUCUGCAGCCUGGGCUGACUGAUCCACAGACAGACAAAACACAGGGUGUCAGGAUUCACUCCAAGUAAACAUCAGUACUUUUUUUGUCUUACUGUCACUUGUGGGACUUUUGCUGUUCUUUUUACAGUAAAACCUCAUUUUUACUAUUAAGGCUGUUUCUAACACUGUUGGGUUAUUAAAUGCAUUUAAACUUUAGCAUCAGUGUUGAUUUUAAGGCUUUAAGAGGCAUCUGAAAGUCAGUAAACAUCCUUAACUUUCACCAUUGCAGAGACAAACAGGACAGAUUAGAGGAGAGUUCAUGUUUAGGUAUGUGAAUGAUACAAAACAACAGCUGUUUAUGUUGUAACUUUGUGUUAAUCUGGGGUAAAAUGGAUCAGUCAGCCCAGGUUGUUUUGUGUGUUUGCUAACAGAUUGAUAACACUGUUGUAAUGUCGAUGUUACUGUGUCACCUACCUGCACUAACUGUCACUUCAGGGUCCAUAAAAAUAAAAGCUCUGAACAGAAUGUACUUAAAUAUAUAAAGUAACAUAUAUACAGAAUCUAUCUUUCCGCUGCUUUUCAGUUUUGAAGAGUCAGGGACUUUUAUUGUGAAGUUGUCACAAUAAAGAUUUAUGUGGUUCACACUGCACUGCUGCUGUAUGUUUAACACUGGCUGAUGUGUGCUCAUCGUCAGAUCAAUGAGGGGAGCACGAUGUCUGACCAAUGUAAGAAGAAAAGAAAUAAAUGAGGAAAAAGUA